GGCAAGCUGAAGGGGGGAGCCCUGGGCAAGAAGCCGAAGGAGCAGCGCUCGCUUCGCCUCAGCAUCAACGCGCGGGAGCGACGGAGGAUGCACGAUCUGAACGACGCCCUGGACGGGCUCCGCUCUGUCAUCCCUUACGCCCACAGCCCUUCGGUUCGGAAACUCUCCAAAAUCGCCACCCUGCUCCUGGCCAAGAACUACAUCCUCAUGCAGGCGCAGGCUCUGGAGGAGAUGCGGCGGCUGGUGGGUUUUCUGAAACAAGGCCAGGCGCUGGGGGGCAGCGCCCCGCUGCCCACCACCCUCAACCCCUUCGGACACUCGGCCGUCUACCCCUUCGGCAGCACGGCCUUGCCCGGCUGCCCCGAGAAAUGCACUGCCUUCACAGGAGCCACCCCUGCCCUCUGCAAACACUGUAAUGACAAGCCUUGA